AUGCAUCGCUUCCGCCGCCUCCUCUUCGAUUCCUGCCGCUCAAAUGACGACGCCGUCAUCCCGCCUCGAGGCUCCCGCAAUGCCCCCGUCGUCUCCUUCUCCUCCUGUAACUUCCGCUGCACCUCCGUGCCUCGCCGGAACACCGUCGCUGCUGAUGUCGCCGCCGACGACCUCUCCCUCGCACGGGAAACCCCUGCCUAUCUCUGGCGCAAGGAAGAGAAAUGGCACGUUGUCGCUUACGAUGAAGUCGCCGCCGGCACCUACCCCCGCAGCAAAAUCGACUCACACUUCGCCGACGACGGUAUCCUCUUUCCAUCCAAGUUAGCCGCUCGCCGGAAGUCGAAGGUGGGCCGCGGAGGCUGGUUCUCAAGCGACGACGAAGGCGAGACGGCGCUGAUGUCUUCCUCGUCCGAUUCCAAGGAAUUCGCCGUUGAAGCGGCGGGGAAGGCCAUGAGAGAGAGUACGGCGGUGGUGAAGAGGUCGAAGGAUCCCCGGCGGGAUUUCCGGCGGUCGAUGGUGGAGAUGGUGGUGGAGAAGGGGAUGUACGAUGCCGAUGAGCUGGAGGAGCUGCUCCGGUGCUUUCUAUCAUUGAAUUCGCGGCACCAUCACGUCGCGAUCGUUGCGGCCUUCGCCGACGUAUGGGAGGCGCUCUUCUCAUAUGAUUCCGGCGGCUGCCGAUGAGAAUGCCGGCAAAAAAAAAACUCUUCUUCUUUAGAUAGCGGGCGUGGGUUUUCACUUUUCAACUUUCAUAUUGUAAGAAAAUUUGAUAAUGCGAUACUGCGUUUGGUGCUUGGUUUU